AUGUCCGGCAUCACCUCUGAGUCUCACAUCUGGACCCCAGAGAAAGGCCUACAGAGCGGCGGCUACAUCUCAGAGGGAGUCAUUUCGCCGGCUCGACAGGUCAAGGCAGCCCAAGACCAUGUCUACGAUGUGGUCGUCAUAGGAGCUGGAUAUGCUGGCCUAAUUGCAGCUCGUGACCUAGUCAAUGCCGGCCGCUCAGUUCUCGUCGUGGAGGGCCGGGACCGUGUUGGUGGCCGAACCUACACCAUCAAGCACGAGGGCUUCAACUACGAGAUGGGCGGUACCUGGGUCCAUCACACCCAACCGUAUACUUAUCGUGAGCUCAUGCGCUACGAUCUUCAUACCAAGUUGAUUAAGACGCGCGAUGACACGCAAGCCAACAACUACUUCAGCAUCAACGUCCCAGGCUCCAAGCGUGAUAUCUCUAACGAGCUCUCUGGCGAGAUUAUUGGGAAAGUCUGGAGGCUGUUCGUGGAUAUUGAUGGCCAAGAGGGCCGCACCGUCUGCCCUCUCCCCCAUGCUCAACUUGAAAACCCUUUCAUCAAUCGCAAGGAUGUCGAGAAGUGGGACUCUAUUUCUUGCUGGGACCGUUUCGAGGCCAUCAAAGGCCAGCUCAACACUGAAGAGCAGGGUGUUCUCAAGGCCCUCCUACUUUCCAUCACCGGUGGCAAGCCCGAUCUCAAGAACUCAGGCUUCUGGGACAUGAUCCGCAGCCACGCGAUCAAUGGCCACACCUAUGACAUGAUGGAUCCCAUUUGGCUGUUGUAUAAGCUCCGCGACGGUCAGUCCCACUUUGCCCGCCUCAUGUUCGAGGAGGCUGUUGAGCUUGGCCUUGAGUACACCUUUCGCACCCACGUCGAGGCUAUCAAGCAGGCCAACGAGGGCCUCAACCUUGUUCGCGCCCGAGAUGGACGUGUCUUCCGCGGUCGCAAGAUCAUCUGCACUGCUCCCCUCAAUACCCUCAAUUCCAUCCAGUUCGACCCUCCUCUGUCUCGCCUGCGGCAGGAGGCUGCCAACCAGGGCCACAUCAACUUUAUGACCAAAGCCCACGCCGUCGUCAAGGGCUCUGGGUACGCCUCGUGGAAUGGGCUCGCCUAUCCCAAUGAGCUGUCGGCCGCUUACGGUGAUGGUCUCCUGCCAAACGGGGACACUCACCUGGUUUCCUUUGGUGCCGACUACCGCGACGAGUUCGUCCUCGAAGAGCAGCCUGAACGACUCGUUGCCGCCUUCAAGGAAUUCGCCCCUUUCGAUGUCAAAUCAGUGGUCUUCCACAACUGGAACACUGACCCUUAUACGCAGGGUGGCCCCAACUUUAUGCCUCCCAACUUUACCACCAAAUACAUGGACGCGCUGCAAAAGCGCCAGGGAAACAUUUUCUUCGCCAACGCGGACUGGGCUAAUGCCUGGCGCAACUUCAUCGAUGGUGCUCUAGAGCAGGGCGCACUGAACGCCCAUCAUGUCAUUGCUGAGCUUCGCAAGGAGGACAAAGAGGCUCAGCCUAGCCGUGCUUCGCUGUAA